ACUGGGGCAGUGUCAGCUUCAGCGGCGACGGCGCCGGAUGGGAAAUGAGAGCAGAAGCGGCCCGAGCCCACUGCAAAAAAGGGACGUUAUCUGAAAAGUUUCUCCUGACAGGCAGAUGGGAAAUUGUCGCUCUAAAUCCCAUUCAGCAGAUGAUUUAAUGGGAGGGAAGGACAUGUCACAAAGACGGACCGGAAAAGUGGCAGAAGUUCGAAGGCGGCCAGGCGUUAAAUGACCAGGAGGGAACAGGAAUGCCUAUCUUCAUUAAACCAGUUCCAUUAAUUGCCCAUAGAGUGUCCGGUUAAUAAAAAUUAAUGUCAAGUGUCAAAGCGAUGCAGCGUAUUGCUGCCUUGCUGGAAAUAAAUUUGCUAAUGGAAAAAAAUCUGGUUAAUAUUCGAUGCACUAGACACAAGUAAAUGCAGCAUAAUGCCUUCAAAGGUCUCUUGCUUAUAUGUUCUGACAGUCAUUUGCUGGGCAAGUGCUCUCUGGUACUUAAGUAUAUCGCGGCCGUCAACCUCCUACGUUGGGCAGUUCUCCAUACCCAUACGAAAGACAGUGAAGCACAAGAAUAUCACCAUCAGCAACAUCCGCACCCGCCCCCUGAACCCGCACGCUUUCGAAUUCGUCAUCAACGAGCCGAAGAAGUGCGAGACUGACCCACCGUUCCUCGUCAUCCUCAUCAGCACAACACACAAGGAGUUUGACGCCCGGCAAGCCAUCCGAGAGACCUGGGGGGACGAAGGCAGCCUGAGCGACAUCCGAAUCAUCACACUAUUCCUGCUGGGCAGGAACACGGAUGCCGUCCUCAACCAGAUGGUGGAACAGGAGAGCCAGAUCUUCCACGACAUCGUGGUGGAGGACUUCAUCGACUCCUACCACAACCUUACCCUCAAGACUCUCAUGGGCAUGCGGUGGGUUGCCACCUACUGUCCCAAGGCCAAAUACGUCAUGAAGGCCGACAGUGACAUCUUUGUCAACAUGGACAACCUGAUCUACAAGCUCCUAAAGCCCAACACCAAGCCCAGGAGAAGGUACUUCACUGGUUACGUCAUCAAUGGCGGCCCCAUUCGGGACACACGGAGCAAAUGGUACAUGCCCAGGGACCUGUACCCCGACAGCAAGUACCCCCCUUUUUGCUCGGGCACGGGAUACGUGUUUUCGGCCGACGUUGCUGACCUUAUCUACAAGACGUCUCUCCACACGCGGCUCCUACACCUGGAGGACGUCUACGUGGGGCUGUGCCUGCGCAAAUUAGGCAUCCACCCCUUCCAGAACAGCGGCUUCAACCAUUGGAAGAUGGCCUACAGCCUUUGUAGGUACCGCCGGGUCGUCACAGUGCACCAGAUCUCCCCUGAUGAAAUGCACAGGGUCUGGAAUGACAUGUCCAGCAAGAAGCACCUCAGAUGUUAACAGUGUGUAAAGACCAGACAAACCCUCGUCCUGUGUUUCUCUGAAGUGUGUUGUUAAACCCCAGAAUCAGACGACUGAACAAUGCUUCAUCUGAUGACAGCUUCAUGCCUGGACACCUGCUGUUGCCUACGAAAAUCGUGCCUCGGCAGUUAAUGAGUACAUACGGCUUAGUCCCCACAUGUUCUCGCUUAAUCAACUGUGACAGUGAAAUUGUGUUUUACAGCUUGUCUGGAAACAGUUGGGAGUUAAAAACAACUAUCACGAUAGAGCACAUUUCCAUGAUUUUCACAAUGAAAUGCUUGAAAUUUGCUAUUACCACAUGCAAAUUUACCAAAUUGGUCUUUUUGUUUUCUUUUUUACAAGCAAGCAGAGCCUAAUCUAUGUAAAACACAUAGGAGCAAGGCCCACAGCCUGCACAUAGUCUACAGUUAUGUUCCUCGGUGCUACUGUGUACUGUACCUGAGCUUUGGGAAGAAAAUGACUGAUAUUACUUAGCAUCUAAUUAACUACCAUUUAAGUAUACUGGUAUACCUAGAUCAAACACUAGGGUAAAGGGUAAGGUCAAGGGAAACGAUCGUUCCUUGGGGCACUGAUCCCAGCUGAAAGCUGAUUGGCCCCCAGUUACUCACUGAUUCAAAACCUAUUUAUCCAAAGCGACUUAGGGUAGAGGGAGAGGUCAUAGUUUAUGUGUAUACCCUAGGAUAUGAACCCACGAUCUUUAUGUUGUUGGUGUGUUGCUCUGCUUGUUCAGCCACAGGUGCCUGUAUCAUUGUCUAAUGCAGUGUUUCCCAACCCAGUCCUCGGGGAACCCUGGACAGUCCAUGUUUUUGCUCCCUCCCAGCUCCCAGCCAAUCAGGAACACUGAAUACCUGGUACAGGUACACUGGGAGCUGAGAGGAAGCAAAAACGUGGACUGUCCGGGGUUCCUGGAUUGGGAAACACUGGUCUAAUUAUAAGGUUGGUCCCUCUGUAUGAAUUAUGCCAACUUUUAUGCCCACUACCUUAGAAAAUCAUAGAAUUGCCCCUGUUCCUUGUCCUCUGGGUUUGCUCUGAGUGUUCCGGUUUCCUACUGCAUUACAAUCUCCAAAACUGUCCAUAGUAUAUGAUUGUGUAUGAUCAAAUCACUAAAUGUCUAAUUCCGUGUGCCUCCUUGCCUUGUGUCGUGUGUUUCCUGGGACAGCCUCCCAGUUCACCACAACCAUGUCCCAGCUAAGCAGUAUGAGUACGGAUGGGUGGAAGGAUCACAAAGAGUUUCACUGGAAUCACUUUCGAUUACAUACAAGCAUGGCAAUCAUCACCAUUCUAGGUUGAGAAUUCUGGCAGCAGAGACAUGGUUUACAUAAAAGGUUCUGGGUUGUUUUUCUUAUUAGUGAAAAUUGUUUUUUUUGUGGGAAAAAAAGAAAAAAAAAACUAAACAUGACCUAUUUUGCAUUUUAGAUGUAAUGCUUUAUUAUUAAAAUUAUUUUCCUACUUUCAGUAUGUGAGUGGAGACAUGAUUCUUGCUUUCAGAUGUAUUACUAUGUAUGUACAGAGCUUAACAACUGAACAUCGGUAUGUAUUAAUGGGCACAUGUUUUAAAUUGCAUAGGUAAAACAUUGUAACAAUUUACAUUCUUAAGUGAAUGUAUUAUCCAUGUGUAUUUUGGCGUAUUGGUCUGUACUCAAGCACUGCUUCGGCAAUUAUUGCAAAUGGUUAUAUUUUCUAUGACUUGAAACAAGUUAAAAUGGCUCCGAUAUCAUGGAGGCAGACUUCAUUUUCAGCAUAUCCUUUUUUUAUUCUCUAGUAUUAUAAGCUGUUGUGCUAUUUUACUGUGAAGGCAUAGAUUUAAAAAGAAACUAUCCAAAAUUGGAUUAUUGUACUGUACAGUAUGUCAUUUUUUUACAUAAAAAUAUACAUACUUGAGAA